AUGGCACAGAUGCAGCUCCCUACACUGCUCUCUGUCCUCGCCCUCGGUGUCUCUACCGUAGUUGCCGACUUCUGUACCCAGGCCCUCGAUCCCUUCCCCCGCAAGGCAGACACUGGUUUCAGGUUCUAUAGCAAGGACCAGAACAACUGGGAAUGGAGGUCCCGUGAUGUCCAGGUUGUCACCACACUGAGCCCUGUCAAUGGGAACUGCCAGAUCCACCAGGGUGGCGGCGGCGGUCCCUUUUCGGCUACCGUUUGCAUCGACUUCGAGGGAAACUAUGCCUGCUGGGUCACGCCUUCGAAGAACCAAGUCUGCGAUAUUGUUUUUGAACAAAACGAGGCUCCGGUCGAUGUCUGCGACUCCAUCAAGAAUGUCUGGGGUUGGGUUGCAUAG